GAAAUAAUUAUGGUCUGGGACUGAGAACAGAUGAGAUGAGAUGCUAAACCAGGUCGUGACCAAUUUGCAAAGAUUGAGUGGAAACCCUAGAAACAGAUAAUAGAAUGCGAAAUUAGAGUUUGAAAAGGUGAGAAGAAUGGCGAAGCAUUCGGUGGCAAUGGCUAAGCAGAGGUGGCCGCUAAUGUUGGCGGCAUUUUUGUCUAUCUCAACAGUGACGGUGCUGUUCAUGAGAGCCAACAAUUCCGAUUCCUGCAACACUAAGCAUUUCGUUGGAGCGCAACAGAACCAGAUUCGCUCCUCCGUCCAAGUCGGAAAUGCAGCUUCCAGUCCCCUAGAUUUCAUGAAGUCGAAGCUAGUUCUCAUGGUUUCGCACGAGCUAUCUCUGUCAGGUGGGCCUUUGCUGCUGAUGGAGUUGGCGUUUCUGUUGAGGGGCGUUGGUUGCGAAGUUGUUUGGAUCACAAAUCAGAAACCUGCGGAACCUGAUGAGGUCAUUUACUGUUUGGAAAGUAAGAUGUUGGACCGAGGAGUCCAGGUUCUGCCUUCCAAAGGUGAAAAGGCUGUAGGUACAGCUCUUAAAGCUGAUCUGGUCAUUCUAAAUACUGCGGUAGCUGGAAAGUGGCUGGAUGCCGUUCUCAAAGAAAAAGUUUCUUAUGUUCUUCCAAAGGUUUUAUGGUGGAUUCAUGAAAUGCGAGGGCAUUAUUUCAAAGUGGAAUAUGUUAAGCACCUCCCUUUUGUUGCAGGUGCUAUGAUUGAUUCACAUACAACUGCAGAGUACUGGAAGAAUAGGACGAGGGAGCGUUUAAGGAUUAAAAUGCCUGCAACUUAUGUUGUACAUCUUGGAAAUAGCAAGGAGCUUAUGGAAGUUGCAGAAGAUAAUGUUGCAAAGAGGGUUCUUCGUGAGCAUGUACGGGAAUCUCUUGGAGUGAGAAAUGAUGAUCUACUUUUUGCCAUCAUAAAUAGUGUUUCUCGUGGUAAAGGGCAGGAUCUAUUUCUUCAUUCCUUUUAUCAAAGUUUGCAACUCAUUCAGGAGAAGAAACUCCAGUUGCCAUCUUUGCAUGCUGUAAUUGUAGGGAGUGAUAUGAAUGCUCAGACAAAGUUUGAAAUGGAAAUGCGCAAAUUUGUUAUUGAGAGAAAGAUUCAGGACCGUGUUCACUUUGUUAACAAAUCCCUGGCUGUGGCUCCUUACCUUGCUUCUAUUGAUGUUCUUGUUCAGAAUUCUCAGGGUCGUGGAGAAUGUUUUGGAAGGAUAACCAUUGAAGCUAUGGCAUUCCGCCUGCCUGUACUGGGCACUGCAGCUGGAGGCACGAUGGAGAUUGUGGUAAAUGAAACAACUGGUUUGCUGCAUCCUGUUGGAAAAGAAGGCGUGACACCUCUUGCAAAUAACAUUGUGAAGCUGGCAACUCAUGUUGAGAAGAGGCUGACUAUGGGAAAGAAAGGGUAUGAGACAGUGAAGGAGAGGUUUAUGGAGCACCAUAUGUCACAUAGAAUUGCAUUGGUUCUAAAGGAAGUUUUACGGAAGGCUAGGUAAUAGGCAUCAAAUGUACCCGGUUAGGCAUUUCGCCGUUAAAUUGUAUAUUGAUUACACAGGAAAAACAGAAUGGUUCGGUGAAAAUGAAUUGUAUAUUCAAUGUCUUCUAAUAUCAUAUAGGUUGUUGGACAAUUUUCUUUUAAGAGUUUUAUUAUUAGCUAAAAUUCAUGUAAAACUUAUUAAAUUAAGUCGGUAUCAAAUUUUAACUCGUAAUAAUGACUUUAUUUUAUU